AUGAAAAUUGAUAUUCAUAGCCACAUUCUACCUAAGGAAUGGCCUGACCUAAAAAAGAGAUAUGGAUAUGGUGGAUGGGUACAGCUGGAUCAUCACUGCAAGGGACAGGCAAAGAUGAUGAAGGAUGGAAAGGUUUUUAGAGUUAUUCAAGAGAACUGCUGGGAUCCAGAAGUACGGAUUAAAGAGAUGGACCUAUCAGGAGUCACAGUGCAAGUCCUUUCCACAGUCCCUGUAAUGUUCAGCUACUGGGCCAAACCUCAGGAUACUUUAGAUCUAGCCCAGAUACUAAACAAUGACUUAGCUGCUACAGUAAGGAAGUACCCCAAGAGGUUUGUGGGCUUGGGUACGUUACCUCUGCAAGCUCCAUCCCUGGCUGUGAGGGAAAUGCAUCGCUGUGUGAGUGAGCUUGGAUUUCCUGGAGUACAAAUCGGAUCUCAUGUCAAUGAAUGGGACCUGAAUGCACCAGAACUGUACGAUAUUUAUGCUGCUGCUGAACAAUUAAAUUGCUGUCUCUUUGUGCAUCCCUGGGACAUGCAAAUAGAUGGAAGGAUGUCAAAGUAUUGGUUUCCCUGGCUAAUAGGCAUGCCAGCAGAAACAACUAUAGCCAUUUGCUCCAUGAUUAUGGGAGGAAUUUUUGAAAAAUUUCCUAAGUUGAAAGUUUGCUUUGCACAUGGAGGAGGAGCUUUUCCAUACACAGUGGGGCGAAUCUCCCAUGGAUUCAACAUGCGCCCCGAUUUGUGUGCAGUGGAUAAUAAGGUGGAUCCCAGAAAAUACCUUGGUUCAUUUUACACCGACUCUCUUGUCCAUGAUCAUGGUGCACUGAGGCUGCUAACAAGUGUAGUAGGAGAGGACAAAGUUAUUCUGGGGACAGAUUACCCUUUUCCACUUGGGGAACUGGAACCUGGAAAACUGAUUGACUCAAUGGAAGAUUUUGACAAUAAAUUGAAGGAUAAACUCAAGGCUGGAAAUGCUUUGGAAUUUUUGGGUCUUAGCAGAAAACAAUUUGAAUAAUUAUGAAGAUAUUAAAGAGACCAAACUUCAGAAACAAAAGUGAAUCCUUAAGGGAUACUUGUAUUUGCACAUGCAGUUAUACAACUGAAAAAUAAAUUUGGCAAGUAU